AUGUCGCGAGAGUGCCGCCCUGUUUCGAACGAUAGCGGCAAGCCGAGGACUUUGGUACUGUGUUUUGACGGGACGUCGGACCAGUAUGAUGCUGAUAACUCGAACGUCGUAAAGUUCUUUGAACUCCUCAGCAAAGAUCCCAACCACCAGUUAUGCUAUUACGAUCCUGGUAUUGGGACGUGGUUCCAUCCUGGUGUUGUCUCGCCCUUGUUUGAUUGGUUUGCAAAGUUGAUGGAUCAGGCUGUUGCUUGGUAUCUUGACGCCCAUGUUAUGGACGGAUAUAAGUUCCUGAUGCAGAAUUACCGACAUGGAGAUAAGAUUUGUUUAUUUGGUUUCUCGAGGGGCGCUUAUACCGCGCGGGCCCUAGGCGGCUUCUUGCACAAGAUUGGCCUUCUAUCAAGAGACAACUUCUCCCAAGUCCCAUUUGCAUAUGACCUGUACAAACGAAGGGAUAAGGAAUCUGUCGAGUUGGCAUUUGGGUUCAAACGGACGUUCUGCCAGUCUGUUCGGGUGGAGUUUAUGGGCGUUUGGGACACGGUUGCGAGCGUGGGUGUGAUCAUGGGCAAGACUCUGCCUUUUACCAACUCCAACAGCUCCAUUACGACUUUCCGACAUGCACUAGCCCUCGACGAGCGCCGUGCCAAGUAUAGGCCUAACGUAUACCAUCGGCCUUCGCCUACGCUCAUGGCUGCGGCUCUGGACCCGCAAGGUGCUAGUGCGCCUCUCCGCAGCGAUACCACCAGCUCCUCGUCAUCCAGCUCUUCGGGCAGGAAGGGCAAGCGCAGUAGUGUGCUCCGACGCGUAUUUAGCGUCAAGUCUGAGAAGGAGAAGGAUGCGGAGGCGGCGGAGCAGCACAGGAUGAUGUCGAUUGACGAGGGAGGGCUGCCGGAUGACGUCCUGGAGGUGUGGUUCGUCGGUGGUCAUAGUGAUGUGGGAGGAGGAAACACCCUCAACACGUCCACACACUCGGUGGCCAAUAUUCCACUUCGCUGGAUGGUCCGCGAGGUUAUGAAAUCGAGCUGUGGAAUCAGGUUCAGCGAAGAGGCUUUAUCCAGGCUUUCACUCGAUAUGACGGAGGUGUACGAUGGGAUUGAUGCGCUGGAGCCUAUACAUGACCGUUUGACGGGGUCUUUCAAGAACAGGCUCUGGUGGCUUCUGGAGAUUAUACCCUUGACGUAUUCGUGGCAAGACAAAGAAGGAGUGUGGCACAGAACUUGGAGUGCUCCUUCCUCUAUUCCAUCUAGCUUCCAUCUUGAGUUUCGGAUGAAGGCUUCGAACCUAGGGUACAAGCCCAAGGCGAGGUGGGAGGAGGGAACAGAGGAGUAUGUCUCGUGA